GUAUAUUCUUCUACAAUCGUCUAUUCAAGCGCGUUGAAUUCGACAAAAUAAAUCUUUAAAAUUUAAAUUAAAUUUAAAGACGCAUUUAAAAUUAUUCUCAUCUCUUCUGUUCAAUAUGGCAAAUGAAAAUACAAAGCCUGAAAGUUUCGUAUCAACAAAGCAAUUUCCUGACAAUUUUCUCCUUGGUACAACGACUGCAGCUUUUCAAGUAGAAGGAGCUUGGAAUGAAGAUAAGCCAGAAUCAAUCUGGGAUCAUUAUCUUCAUUCCAAUGAAGCAAACAAGUCGUUCAGAUACUUCUUAGACUUACCGGAAUCAGUAAUCGAAAAAUACAAACAGAAGGGUAUCAAACCUAGAUUAGCUGAUUUAUAUAAGGGAAUGGGAGUAUACGAAUUUCCAUCAUCUGCGAUUGAAGAUGGUACACAUUUUAAUUUCAACGGAGAUGUAGCAGCGGAUACGUACCACAAAACAGAUGUAGAUGUCAAACUUCUUAAAGAAUUGGGUGUUCAAGUUUACCGGUUUUCAAUAAGUCCGCCAAGGAUUGUUCCUGAUGUCCAUGAUCAUUUACCAGGAAAAGCUGGAAUAGCUUAUUAUAAUAAUCUAAUUGAUAAAUUAAUCGAAAAUGGAAUCACACCAAUGGUAUCGUUAUACAACUAUGAUGUAGGCACAUCUUUCAAUAAAAUUGGAGGACUAACAAAUUGGAUUACUUAUACAUUUUAUUCACCCUAUGCGAGGAUCUGUUUCGAGAAUUUCGGGGAUAGAGUAAAACAUUGGACAACGUUUCCGGACAUACAUUUAGCGGCUGAAGGAUUUGGUUCUGAGCAUUUUGCUCCGGGUUACCAAGAACCAAUAUUUAGUGGAUUUUCAGAUUAUAAAGUAAUACACUACUUUAUUAAAGCGCAUGCAUUGGCUUAUAAAUUAUACAAUGAAGAAUUCAAAGAAAAACAAAAAGGACAAAUAAGUAUAGCCAUAGAUGGAACUUGGUUUUACCCCAAAGACCCAAAUAAUCCAGAACAUCAAAAAGCUGCUGAAACCGCAAGAAUGUCAACAUUCGGUUUAAUAGCACAUAUAUUAUCUACUGGACAGUAUCCAGAAGAAUAUAUAGAGAAUAUUGCUAGGACUAACAAACAAGAAAAAAUACGAGUCCACCGAGUUGAACAAUUUACAAAUAAAGAACAAAAAUUAAUUAAAGGAUCAUUCGAUUAUAUUGUAUUUAACUAUUACAAUAGUGUAAAAGUACGACCAAUGACCGAUGAUGAAUUUUCUGCUGAACCUAAUCUUAAAAGAAGAGAUCGAGGAUAUUUCAUGGACCUACAUAGUACCACACAAACUGAAGUUUUCGAAGGAUUUUUAAAUUGCUUGAAAUGGAUUAAUGAGAAAAUGAAUAAUCCAAAAAUAUUUAUCGGUGAAAACGGAUUUCCUGAGGAAGAUGGCAUUGAUGAAAGUGAAAAAAAAAUAGCUUAUCAUACUGGCAUUUUGAACAAAUUACUUGAAGCAUUGGAUGAAAACAUAAAUGUGUUUGGAUACUGUGUUUGGUCGUUUAUAGAUACACUCGAGUUCACAUUUGGCUAUAAGAAGAGAUUUGGAAUUUAUGCGGUAGACAUUAAUGACGAAGCAAGACCACGUACAAAGAAAAAUAGUUUUCCAUUUUUCCAACAAUUGUUCAAAACGAAGAAAUUGCAAGUACAAAAUUUAGAAUGAAA